CGUUUGGUCUCAGUGAAAGCUGUGGCAACGGCCGGCGGCCGGCCAUAUUUUCCUGCUUCCGCCAUGGAGCGUGCUGGCUGGCCAUUUCCGGAGGACUUCCAGAACCCCAACGAAGCCUGGGACUUGCAGGGCAAGGCAACCUUUCUGACGCUCUAUGUGGGACUAUGGAUUCUGGUGGUCUGGGGGGUGUACCUCUACACGCGGCUGCCCCAUUCCGCCGGCGCCGGCCUGCGCUCCGAGAAGAGCUCGGAGCUGCCGCCGGAGCGGCUGGGCCUGACUGAGGGCCUCGCGAACGCGGUGGGGGACAAGCCCGACUACCCCAAGCACUGCCAGGUGCAACAGCUCUUUGAGAAGCAGGUGGCACUGUCUCCAAACGCCAAUGCGCUGCACCUGCCAGACUUGUUGCAGACAGUGACCUAUGCGGAGCUUCAGGAAGCGGUCCAAGGGCUGACGACCACCUUGCUCGGCCUGGGCAUAGGCCCCAGGCAGAUCGUGGCGCUGUGUCUCCCGAGGAGUGCCGCACAGGUGGUAUCUGUUUUCGCGUCUUUGUCGGCCGGAGCGGGGUACUUGCCCAUUGACGCUGCCGCGCCGGAGGCGAGGAAACAGUAUCUCCUGGAAGACAGCCAUGCCCAAGUGCUGAUUUCGGAGGAGGAGCAGGUGGAGUGCCAGCAGCUCGCGGAGCUGCGGUGCAUCGGCUGGGUGGGCAUGAGCCCACUGAAAGUGGGGAAGUUCCGAGUGCAGCAGCCCAAGCUGAGCUCUCCCACGGUGGACAAGGAGGUCUUCGGCAGCGACGUCGCUAUGCUGAUUUACACGUCGGGCUCUACUGGGGAGCCGAAGGGCAUCGUUUAUGACCACACGCAUCUGUUGCAUGGGGCCUGGUUCUGGGCCCAGGAGCACGCCAUGAACGCGGACUCCGUGCAGCUCUUCAAGUCUCCCUACUUCUGGGCGGUGAUGGAGUGGGAGAUCUUUCCUGCGCUCAUCGUCGGGGGAAGUCUGGUGGUGGCCAGCCGCGAGGGCCACAAAAGCCCCGAGUACAUGGCUAGGAUCAUUCAGAAGUUCAAUGUGGACGUGCUGAUGAUUACCCCGUCGGUGCUGGAUCUACUGCUCGACGUGCAUGAGGUGCAGGGCGCUCCCCUGGAAAGAUUGAAGCACAUCACCACGGUGGGAGAGCCAUUGCCCACCGCCCUGGCCAACCGCGCGGUUCGCACGCGGAACCUGACCGCCACGCUGCGAAACUUCUAUGGGGCCUCGGAGAGCUCUUGCACGGUGUACCGAGUGCCCAGCUGCGGCCUGGACCCCUCGCUGCCCCGCUGCCCGGCCGGGCUGCCGCAGCCCCACGCCUCCGUGUUCAUCAUGGCCAAUGAGCCUGGCUUCCGUGUGGUGGGCCCCGGGGAGUCUGGAGAGAUCUGCUUCGGCGGUGUGCUGGCGGCCAGCUACUGGCGCCGCAAGGAGCUCACGGAAGCCAAGUUCGUUCAGACGGCGGCCUUCGGGCGGCUCUACUGCACCGGGGACCUGGGCUGCUUCAGCAACGGCAUGCUCGAGGUGAUCGGGCGCUUGGAUCGGCAGCUGAAGAUCAAUGGAGUGCGCGUGGAGCCGGGGGAGAUCGAAGCGGUGUUGCAGCGCUUUCAAUCCACGAAGGACGAUGAGGAGCAGCAGGUGCUGGACUGCGUGGCGCAGGCCGCCGUCGUGGCCUCUGAGAAGACUUCCCAGUUGGUGGCCUUUGUAGUGCCGAAGGGCGGCCAAAUCGACUCCGCGGAGCUCAUGGAGCACUGCCGCCGGGAGCUGAUGCCGGCGUACCUGCCGAAGACCAUCUCCGUGGUGCCGGAUGGUCUGCCAGUGCUGCCCAAUGGCAAGGUGGACUACCCCUCCCUCAAGAAGAUGGCGGACGAGCAGGUCCUGGAGGCCCAGGAGACGGUGAUGGACUCGCUGGGCCAGAUGCGGUCCAUGUCCAGGUGGGCUGUCCUGGAGAACGCGGUCAUCCACCGGUGCUACGCUUUCUGGAUGUUAGGAGUGCUCCUGGACCACUAUUCCUGGUGCGCUAUGAGCACCGACCCAGAGGACCCGACCAAAAUGGCGUCACUGCCCUUCUGCAGCGCCUUCGCGUCACAACGCGUGCAGCCCUGGUCCGAGUCGCUGAUCAGGUCCAUUGGCAACGACCAGGACUUGUUCGGCUUCAUCAUGCUGGGGGCCUACCAAGACAGCCGCCCAGAGCGCAACAAGACCAGGAAGAAGGCCCAGCUACUAGGCAUCGACUUCUACCUGCUGGGGAUCUACUUCUUCAUGGCGUUGCCCUGGCCGCAUCUCUGCUACUGGUUCACUGGAGGCUGGGCCUACCCAGACCGCACUUGGCAGACGGUCCCGGAGGCGGUGGCCAGCAACAAGUGGGACUUGGCCUAUCUUCAGAACUGCUCGAUCUUGGCCGGGCACCGCUGGUACCUGCUGAUGAUCUUCGCAUCCAAGCUGUACCUGGCCUGCUGCGAGUUCUUCCGCGUGCAACCGAGAUAUCAGGUCGCACUCGCGGCUUUCUGCAGUUAUUUGGGGCCCGUGUACGGCGCGGAAGUCUGCGAGUUGAGCGGGAACGUGCACUUUGCGCAGUUCCUCCUUGUGUGGCUCUUUGACGGCUGCUACGCGUGGUAUCGCUGGGUCGCCUGGUAUGGCACCUUUUACGUGUUCUCCUUCCACUACCUCCGGCCCAUUGUGAAGUGGAUCUCCCAGCGGGCGCCACAGGGGCCCGUCUGGGCCGCCGCCGCCACGGCCUGCAGCAUGAUCAUGGGUAUGUCCAUGGCGCUGUUUCACUACCCCAACCAGCUCCUGGAGAGCGGCCAGGACGGCUCCAUGCAGCUGCUGGAGCUCUUCGUCACCUUCGCACAGCCCGCGCUCUUUGCCUUGGGCACCGUGUAUUGGCCCAUCAAUGCCUCCUGGUGGGGCAACACCACGCUGGGAUGCUAUGUGUGCCACUUUGUAUUCAGGGACCGCAUGACGGAGGCCAUCCAGUUCUUGGUGUCUCUGCUCAGCUGGGAUAGCAGCGGCUUGCUGCUGCCCCUGGCUGCCAUGUGCCUGUGCUUGUGCUUUACCACCACGGUGGGGCCCUUAGGGCACUACAUCCUCAUCUCUCCGCAGCUCCUCUUAUCACGCCGGAAAGCUCGGGACUUGCACCAGAAGCCCUGAGAAUGAGCGCGGACCGGAACCGGGUGGUUCCCUUUUUCCAAUCGCUCGCCCGUUCUGAGAUGGCUUUCCAGGGAAACC